UCUAGUCACUCCAGGUACCUAGAGCUGACUUGGGGAAACCAGGGAACCAGCUCCCUGGUUUUGUUUUUUUUUUACUACGUCGAACCAUUCGAUCACUCGUCUCGACUACAAGUGUACAAGUCUACAAUUAGGGUCUGUGUGCUCGGAAAAUUCGCACGAGCCAAUCAAUGACGAGCCGAUCAUCGUGACCAGCUUGAGCAGACAAGUAUAUAUACCCGACCCACUGACGAAACCACAAUGUAGUUCCCCAACUCAGGUGCUUUUGCACAAACUAUCGAUCGGACUCGAGAACACCUGGCAGCCGCUUGAUCCUUCAGCGACAGGACCUACUCUACCGGUAAUCGUCUCCUGAAAUGAUAUUAUCACUCAUCGCUCCUGGCGGUGCAUUGAUAGCUACGCUGGUCAUGAACGGAGGAGUCUUUUCUCCACAAGACGUCACCCGAUCGCCCAGAAAGACCAUAGGAUCCGUCAAAUUAUGUCAAGAGGACGACUACGAGCUCGCACUCAGUAUGACACCCAGGAGCAAGAAUCGUCAGUCCGACAAGAGACGACCUCCUCAGGACCAAGCAGCCGAGCCAGAGUUGAGCAAUAGUACCGGUCUUCGGGUCGUGCUCCACGUCGACGGCUCUCUCGGGGCGGACAAGACCUACCCUUGUCUGACGAAAAGCGAGAUAUCCGACAAGUUGCCCUGUACUCUUCGAGCGCAGCAAUGCAAGGGGAGGAUCGAGGUCAGGGUUUAUAGGAUCCUCACGCCGUUGAAAUCGACGAGCAAGAAAGCUUUGGAUAGGUGGGACCCCAAGACCCGGUGGAAGGAAGGAGCUUGGCAUACCUUCGUCUUCAAUUAUACGACCAGCAAACAUGCGAAAGACAAGGACGGUCCCGAAGCUUGUUGUACCUGCCUGAGCUUGGAAGCGCAGGAACAGGCUGUUACCGACUGGGCCCGCUUACAACAAGUAAAAGACGAGCACAAGGCGACCAUAUUACGCAAGUGCGGUAUAGAAGAAAACUUGACGGACGAAGAGGAGUUUCAAUGGGAGACUGAUCAGCGUCACCAACGCGAAGAGGCCGAGCGGCGAGAACGGCAAGCGGCCCGAGAACGAGCUCUGCGAGCACAGGAGGAGAGGAAAAGGGAAGAAAGGGAAGCUGCCGAUCGUAAACAUGUACAGGGGCUCGAGCGGCAGUUUGAGAAGACACGACAAGAGAUCCAGACUGCCCAAGUCUCUCUUGAACGGCGUGAGCAGGAGCUGGGGCGGCGUGAGGAGUCGCUCUCUCAACGAGAACGAGAGUGCACGCAACGUGAACAAGAGUCCGUACGCCUUCGUCAGAAGCUCGGGCGACUUCAACGGGUGCUCGAGCGCCAACAACGAGGGUCCGAUGAACGAGACCUCGAGUAUCAGGAACGUACUCGUAGUCUCGAUCAACGUGAACGAGCAAUCGAUCUUCGGCUUGAACGAGUUCAGGAGAGGAUGGUCGAAAAUGAGGAUGUCAAGCCGAGGAUAGGAAAGGUUGAGGAAGAGGUUCCCGGAGAUGCCGAAGUUCCAUCUCGUGUCGACGAAAGAGUCGACACUAGGGUUGAUGGAGGUCGAGAUCCAGUUUCGGAACCUAGUAACGUGGAAGAUCGGCUGGCGAGAUUGGAGGAACAGCUCGCCCGGCUGGUCGACAGCGGGAGAGACGGCGCUUCGUCUUCGUCGAGGCCAUCCAGGAAGCGAGCUCGCAGGGAAGAUGACGACGAUGCUUUGGCUUAGCAACGCGAAGUCUGCGACUUUCACCGUGCGAGAAUCAGAUGCGCAGGCCCAUGACUAUAUCACAGUCUCGUGGCCAGCAGACUCGAUCUCGGGGAGGUUGGCUUAGUGAUAUAUGGCUCAUCGACCGACUCGUCGCGGAAACUAAAACUUCACGGAAAUUAGUUUGAUGACCGGCAUGACCGGGGUCUUCCCGGAUUGUAUCGUCUAGCCAUAUGAAUCUCGAGUCCUAAUUUCUAUUCAAGUCCGUCUGUCAGUCGAGU